AUGGCUCACCAAGGCAAGGCACCACCACAACCACAAACUCAACAGCCACAGCCCCAGGCCCAGCAACAACAAGUCUCAACGAUCCCCAUCCUCCACAGCAUCGCACCAGCCAUCUUCACCCGGAUAGACGAGGACCUCCUCGCCCCAUUCGCACCACCCACCGACCCCACCGACCUGCUCAAGGCCAGGCUCCGGGAGGUCGAGGCCCACGCCGACGAGGUCCGCGCCAACCUCCUCAGCCUCUUCCGGCGCGAGUGCCUCCGCAUCAUCCAGGAGGCGGGGGCGCAGGACGCCGCCGAGGGGGAGGACACGCUGCACCUGGCGCCCCUCGUGUCCCAGCAGGAGGUCGACGACAUGAUCGCCAACAUGAGGCGGGACGCCGGCGAGGACCGCGCCAGGUCCCGGGACCGGGUGCUCAUGCAGAACGACAUCUUCGAGCAGCCCAACAUGAACGUGCUGCCCAAGAGGAACGCGAGGGAGACGGCCGUGGCGCAGAUCCAGUCCGUCAUCAGCCAGGGGCUAUGCGAUAUUGAAUCGUACAAGGCCAAGGUGGAGGAGGUCAAGCAACAGAUCAAGGACGAGAUGGGCAGGGGGACACGGCGGCAGGACACGGAUCGGAUGGAUUUAGAUUUUUGA